AAUCCAACAAUCAGCGCAUUCAGUUCGUGUCAUCUCGUAAGGGAGUAGGCAGUGGAGCGCAUUUAUUCAGUGUAUUUUUAAACAGAACUCACAGCGCUUUAAAACAGAGCAAAUUGCUCUACGGUCUGACAUGCGAUCGUGCGAUCCCUACUGGAGGAGGCUGCCGUCACAGAAAUAAAUAGGUAAAUAAGUGCAUCUGCAUCCUGUGCAAACGCGACGACGACGGUACCCCGCUAACAUGUAGAGCGAGCAUUCAACGAGAGUCACAGCGACGAGACCGACCGGCGGUUCUCUCUGGUUUGCGUCGUUCCCGGAACGAAGCGUAGGCAAUUGAAAUAAAUCAACCUAAUUCGCCGGUCAGAAGUCGACUCCAUUGCACGCGGUUCGUCGUGGUGCCUGUCAGCAAGCAAAAUCGGAUAAAGUGGUGCCUUUUGCAAGUGGAACUUCGGUUAUCAGCACAGUAGAUACUGUAAAACAAUCAGUCAACUGUACUGUCAUUCGCUCUUAGGGUGCGUGUGUGUGUGAGUUUCGAUUGAAUUGUUGGCGAAAGUUUGCUACUAUUAAAAUACUCUCCGGCUCCGGGUAUCGCGAAGAGCUUGUGUUUGGUGUGAGCCUAGCGCAAUGUUUACCUUUUAAAAUUUCGUAAUUACGCUCUUAUCGGAACGGCCUUUAGUCAGCAGUACACGCCGCCUACUGUAAUCGAGCAGAUCCAGUCAUUUACAUGUGGCAUAGUCACCAUCAGUCAUCGGUGUCACCUCGGAUUGACCUGCGAACAGAGGAAGUCUCCGGCCAAAGCUUGGCGACGAAAUCGAAGAAGCUAGUCGCGCUGAAAAGAAUAAAUUAGAAUUAUAAUUCAACCUCUCCUUACGCUGUGUCCCGGCUAAAGCCAUAGGCGAGUAGCACCGAGGUGUGUGAAAUGAAAUCGGAGCAAAGUUGCCGCCGCAGCAAAAAAACCGAAUGUGUUUAUGCAUAAUGUCGAGUGAAUCGGUUGGAUACGGCAGUACGUAAAGAAAAGGUACAAACGGAGAUUGGCUUAGGGAAGCAAAGCGGCAGGACCAUAGUUUCCAACGGAGCUUUGCCGGUUGUAGAUGGUAUAGAAGAGUAGAAACCCUAUCGAAAUGUAUAAGUGAUGUAAUCAGUAACUUCCUGCUAUUUGGUGGUGGUGUAACUAACAACAGCUAUCGUUAUUCUACUCUAUUACUAACAAUCCAGUGUAAUGUGCUAGCGAUUUGUUUCGACAAAAAGCAAACCAAAGAGUUCUGUGCCAUAUUUUCGAACGUAGCAGAGUUAACCCAAAAAUUAUAAGUACAACAGUGCAUUUAAGUUAAAUUACUAUUUAAUAUCUUAACUAACACAUAAAAUGAAGCGCACUCGUCCGGCUAAAUCAGCUGACGUGGCAAAAACUGCUGCAAACAAACGAAAAGCUAAGGUCAUUAAAAAAGAGAACGAAAAUAACAACAACAACAACAACAACGAUCCCGAACCGAUUGUUUCCAGUUUACCAGAAGCGCCGGAAUUGAUUCUACAGGAGCAACCGAUUCUUCCGGUGAUCGAAUCUCCAAGCAAACGAAAAGCAAAAGUCAUAAAAAAAGAAAAUGCAAAUAACAAGAAUAGCAACAUCCAAUUACCCCAAUUACCGGAACAGAUUUCACCCCAGAAGCCUAUCCUUCCGAAUGUUGAAGCUCCGGGCAAACGAAAACCGAAGGUCAUUAAAAAAGAAAAUAACGAAAACAACAACCUUGAGUCGGUAGCGCCCAAUUUGACAACAUCAUCGGAGUUUAUAUUACCGGAACAGGCGAUUCCUCAAGAGGUUUACACUGUGUCUGAAUUACUAGUUGAAUAUGCUCCACCGGAGCAGCCCAUUCUUCCGGAGGCCGACGAUUUGGACAACGGUUUGUUGGAGCUGGCUGUCUACCAGGAGCCCACAUCAGGCACCUGGUCUACCGGAGGUGACACCAGUGGGACCGACCAGCCGAAGUCGGGGCGGAAGAAAUCUCGCAAGCAGUACAUAUGCAACGUGUGCAAUAAGAAUUUUAUGGGUGCAAAUGACCUGCGCAAGCAUUUGCGCAUUCACAACGACGAGCGGCCGUACGCCUGUCCGCACUGCACCAACCGCUUCCGACAGGCUGGAUGUUUGAAGAAUCAUAUCGCUUCCCAGCACGGCACCGAUACGUUGUACACGUGCGACCUGUGCGGAAAGGCUUUCCCCAUCAAGGAACGGCUGCGGCUGCACAUGCGAGUGCACACCGGCGAGAAACCGUACCAGUGUCCAAUGUGCCCGAAGACUUUCGCCCGUGGGGGUCAGCUCACUCAGCACCUAGCUACUCACAACGGAAUUCGUAGACACAAGUGUCCUCACUGCUCGGGAGCGUUCUCGUGUGCGGCUAAUCUCAAAAUGCACCUUAAAAGCCAUCUGGACAUCCGUGAUUACACGUGUCACAUCUGCGGCAAAGGAUUCUAUCGUCCGGACGCCUUGAAGAAGCAUCUACAGUGCUACCACGCCAACUUGAAGGCUUUCCAUUGUCACAUUUGCAACAAGAUGUUCAAGGGCCAUCUACCGCAGCAUAUGCGGACGCACAAGAUGAUUCGGCCGCACGGGUGUGCCGUGUGUGGUGCCGUCUUCUCUCAACGAUCGCAACUCGUGGUGCAUCAACGUAUACACACCGGAGAGCGACCAUACCGUUGUCAGGUUUGCUGGCAAGCCUUCGCUCACUCCAGUGUGCUUAAGUUGCACAUCCGUAAACAUACAGGGGAAAAACCAUUCGAAUGUCCUCUCUGUAAAGUAGGAUUCUCUCAGUUACCUCAUCUGAAAAAGCACAUGCUCUCUAUUCACAAUCAGGACAAAUCGUAUUUAUGUAAGAAUUGCAACGUUUUCUUCAAAACUAAGCUAGAGUAUCAGAAUCAUGUCGCUAGUUGCUCGCCGGAAAUAUCUCAGACGGCUUCCAGUGUGGAGGAAAUGAUUGACCGAGAGGUGAAGAAUGCAAACAGCGGGGUUGAUCCUCCUAUGCCACUGUCGCACAUGCGCUUCCUGGUGACCAUUUUGCUGAAGAAGAUUUCAACAGAGGAACGGCUGAAAGAUCUUGGCUUUGAUCGGCGGUUGAUCGAUAACGUGCUAGUGGAUUCGUUAAAAUGCGCAGGCCGCAAAGCGUGCGACGAUAAAACGCUGGAUCCAGCUUUCCGUCUGAAGCAAAAUGUUCAAGAGUUGCUCGAGUGGACCGUUCCAGCUAAGUACAUGGAAGAGUUCAAGAAAGCGAACCGUAGUACGGAAGAAUUGUUAGAGGAUUUGACUAAUUGAGCGCUCCCUGGUACGUACGGUACGGUUUUCUUAGCUUACUCAAUCAUUAAUCGUUGUUACAAGUAUAUUUGCAAAUUUACCUUUUUUUCGAAUUGGAAAAUUAGAUUUUUCCAAUACCAACACAAGCUAAUUGGAUUAAUAAGUUUCCGGUGGUGGUUUUUCAAUACGAUUCCUCUCUAACCAAAGCUCCUUGGUUUAUUUAACCAAUUUUCAAUGUUCCAAAGCCAGAUGUUGCCAUACAAAAUGAAAAUAUAUAUCAAAACCAAAUGCCAAAAUUUUAGUUUAUAACCUCAAACCACAUUUUUGUCAUCGUAAUUUUUAUAUAGGUUUAAACAAGCACAAACAGUUUCUGUUUGGAAAAUCGCGAUGUUCUAGUGCUGAAUUUUAAUGAAAAGGAACCAAAUCGAUUAACCUUUGUACAUGAGUCUGUAGCAGAACUAGUCAAUUUUGUAUGCCAUUUCGAUGAGUUAUUGUAGAACCAGACGACUUGCCUUUCCAAAGUUAAGGAUAAUCAGUGUACCUAGUGUUGCACGGGACUUCUAACCAUGAAGUUAUUAUUUCUAGUAUAUUACGAUGUUUUGUUAUAAUUUUGUACAUUUUUACAAUGGAAGCUCAAAACCAAAAAUCUAACGUUCAUUUAUUGUUACUAUAUCGAACUGGCACCGUACUGGCGAAUUAGUGGAUAUGUGAGUAAAAAAAAUGCAUUUGGCUCAUGUGACGAUGCCAGUGAAAGUAGAUUUCUAGCAGUAAUAUUAGUAGGAAAGCUAGCCUACAGUAGUGAAUUUAACAACUAGAUGUCGUAAGUGUAAACGCAAGUAAAGAUGGCGAUUGAAAACCGCUCUACUGCCUGUAAUAAAUUAUUUAAUACGAUUAAUACUACAACA